GAUCUGUCUGUCUCCUCCUGGACGGAGCAGGUAGUCGGGGAUCCGCAGCGUCGGCUCACCAUCUUCGCGUCGCCGCCGCCCUUCCAUCCCAUCCGACGACGUGGGCGCUGCCCUCGCCUCACUUUCCAUCUUGCAGGCGCCCGGCGCCCCUCCGUCAAUCAGCGUCCUUUCCCCUCCCCCCCUCCCCUUCCCUCUCCUUUUUUUUUUUUUUGCUGCUAAUUGGGGCCUCUGUGCGGAACGCCAAACUGCCUUUUCCUUAACUACCUCAGCUCUCAUCCCAUUCCAACUCCCUUAAAGGGAAAAGGCAGGUUCCGCCUCCAGAGGUCUCAUCUCCUUCCCCGCCCUCAGUCCGCCCCACGGUAUCCCCCAAAUUGCAGCCCAGUCUCUUUCGAGCCUGACUCCGGAGGCGGAGGAUUCGGGUUCUCGGGGCGUCCCCCCGACGUGGGAGGCAGUUUGGUCCCCUUUCCUUGCCCUUAGCUUCAAUCGCUUAGUCUUCCCUUCCCCGCCCCGUGCACCCUUCGCCCUUUCACCCCGUUCUCCCUCCUAAGUGCCCCCCCGGUCCUCCCCGCCCAGCUCGUCCCGCCCCCGUCUGCCCGCACCCUCAGUCCUCGCCCUGUCUGUCUCUUUUUCUCUCUCCCCUCUGCCCCCUCUGGCUUCGCUCGCUCGCUCGCUCGCCGCUCUCGCUCACUCUCUGUCGCCCUUGCCCUGUCCUUCCGGCUGACUGUCCUCUGCUACUUCUGUCCACUGUUCUUCAAAACCCUCUUCACUAUCUCCCCAAACUCACCCAAAAACAACAAGUCAACCCGCCCCGCCCCAAAGCCCGUCCACUCGAAUAAAAAAAAAAAAAAGACAAAAAAAAAAAAAAACCCGAACUACGCCCCCAAUAUAAAAAGCCAGAACCAGCCUGACCCGAAUCCAAAAUUAGACCAAUGAUGGGAUUUCGUCAGCGAGGGAAUAUGGCAAGAGGAGUCGCUUCAGGGUUGGCGGACGCCAGUGUCAGCACCCUCCAACAGUCCCGCAGCAAGGAGGUGGGGAGUAGCAGGAGCAGCUUUGAGAUGGGUUUCCCAAUGAAGAAGAUGUUGCUGUUAUCACUCACCUUUUUGGCCUUUGCCUCGUGCUGCAACGCUGCUUACCGCCCCAGUGAGACCCUUUGUGGUGGGGAGCUGGUAGACACCCUCCAGUUUGUGUGUGGCGACCGCGGCUUCUACUUCAGUCUUCCCGGCAGGCCUCUGAGCCGCGUGAGCCGCCGCCUGAACCGCGGCAUCGUGGAAGAAUGCUGCUUCCGCAGCUGCGAUCUGGCCUUACUGGAGACCUACUGCGCCACCCCCGCCAAGUCCGAGCGAGACCUGUCAGCCUCCAUGAUGGUGCUCCCGGUAAGUGCCCGGAGACUCCUCACCAUGGCCAGAAGCCAGACGCAAAGAGAGGGGGAGCAGGGUCCUCCCAGCUCCAGUCCUCAGGCCCCGGGUACACGCCGGCCCCCACAGGCCCCGGGCACGGCCCGCCUCCCUCGCCCCCCUGCCCGGCGGAGCGCCAGCUCCCCAGGCAGGGUCCACGCCUGAGCUGCCGCAGAAGGGCCUCCUGCCUCCCGGGGGGUCUGCCCCCCUUCCCCAUCCUCCCCCCUUCCAAACUGUCCUCACCCAAGGCUUCCACCUUCCCAGCACCAGCCGAUUCCUUCAGCAAUGUCCCCUGGAGCUCCCGGGUGCCCUGUGGGUGCCCGCCGUGGCCUUUGCCAGCCAUGUUCCUCCUCUGAAUCCGACUUUCCUCUUGCCAAUGGGGACAGGGGUGUCCCGGCCUCGGGGGGUGGUUGUGAGAACAAGAACGAGCAGAGAUGGGACUGGCGUGGGGGGGCGGCAGGGGCCCCGGAGCCACCCGAUGGGCCCUGGCUCGAUGGAGCGAGCGGACAGAUCCGUCCACUGACCGGCAGGGAGGAAGAUGGCGGAUCUGCUGAUCUCCCGCUCUCCGAGGCUCUCUGGGAGCCAUCUCUGGCCCUUGCAGUUCUCUCCGCUUGGUCCCACAAUCGGGAGGCGGGGGUCUCUGGGGGUGGGCGGGUGGGCGCCAGGAGGGCAGGCCCUGGGUCUCUGCCCU